AUGGACACAAAUUUGCCUGAGCCAACAGAGGUCGGCACCCUGAUUGUAGUUGUCAUGAAGGCCAAGAAUCUUCACAACAAACGGGCUCUUUCCAAGCAGAAUCCGUUCUGUUCGGUGCGAGUAGCCACCUCUGCUCAUAAAACGAAAACCAUUGACAGAGGUGGCCAGUGUCCGUCGUGGGAUCAGGAAAUGAGAUUCAAUAUUUUUGAAGGAUCAGAGUUCGAGUGUUUAAAGCUGUCUGUUUUCGACCAAAACCGCUCCACCGCAGACAUCGUUGGCGAUGCUGUGAUCCCAUUGAAGCCAGCCUUCGAGGCCAGAGUCAGAGACGGCUAUGAUGCUUGGCAUCCAAUCUAUUUUAACAAGCGAUAUACGGGCGAGGUUUAUUUGGAGAUGACGUUUUAUUCCAAGAACCGGCGCAGAAGUUCUCCGUCAAGGCGGAGUUCCACCGCUUCGGCAUCUUCUCUAUCGAGUAUACCAUCACCGAACUCGUCUUUUUCUUCCGGAAGACGACAGCUACCUCAGAUUCCUCAACCGCAAGGAGCAAACGUAUCUUUGACUCAUUCUCGCAGCAGCAGUAGCACCCGAAGUGUGUCCCCUUCCCGUACCCCGCGUCCACUACCCCAAGUUCCCGGUGCUCCAAGGUCGUCACUAUACAAACAGAGUUUCGACAGUGUACCCAAUUUGCAUCAAUUCACUAGCUCCGACCCUGAGCACGUUAGCCCAUGGGGUGAUGCCAGUCUGAUUUCCAGCGCAAGCUUCCACCAAGAUCUUCACACCAUGAUGAACUUGUCCAACAAUUCGGCACCCUGCCUUACCCAGAGUCGAAAAUCAGACGUCCUUUCGCCAAUUGAUCAGGAAGACAUUUCACGCCAGAUCAACGACGGGUUUGGUGAAUCUAUGUUCGAACGCAUUCGGCCCUGA